UUGAGUCUCCGCUGCUAGCGAGCUAGCGCGAACUGUUGUGUGCCUAGUUUGACACACUGUCUCUGAGAAUGACACUCUUUUGAGAGCCGGAGCCAUCAUUGUCCAGAAAUAAAACUCGAAAUGAAUCUUGACCGACUUCGAAAGCGAGUCCGGCAGUACGUCGACCAGCAGCAGUACCAAAGCGCUCUGUUCUGGGCCGACAAGAUCGCGUCCCUCUCUCGCGAGGAGCCCCAGGACAUCUACUGGCUCGCUCAGUGCCUUUACUUGACCUCGCAGUACCACAGAGCCUCCCACGCCCUCCGGUCACGGAAACUUGACAAGUUGUAUGGAGCAUGUCAGUAUCUCGCUGCUCGGUGCCAUUAUGCUGCCAAAGAGUUCCAGCAGGCCUUGGAUAUCCUGGACUCAGAAGAGCCGAUGAUGAGGAAGCUGCUGGACAGGAGUGGGAGAGAGGACAUCGGGACGCCGGAGUCGGCCAAGGACUGGGACAUGUCCCCUACUGCCGUCAAUAGCAACAUCUGCCUCCUGAGGGGUAAAAUCUAUGACGCCAUGGACAACAGGCCGCUGGCCACCUGCAGCUAUAAAGAGGCCUUGAAGCUGGAUGUGUACUGCUUUGAAGCCUUUGACCUUUUAACGUCCCACCACAUGCUGACCGCGCAGGAAGAAAAAGACUUCCUGGACUCACUUCCUCUGAGUCAACAGUGCACCGAGGAAGAGGAGGAGCUCUUGCACUUCCUAUUUGAGAAUAAGUUAAAGAAGUAUAACAAGCCCAGUGAUUUGGUGGUGCCAAAGAUGGUCAACGGUCUGCACGACAAUUUGGAUGUGGUGGUGUCUCUUGCCGAGAGACACUAUUAUAACUGUGAUUUCAAGAUGUGCUACAAACUCACAUCAAAGGUGAUGGUUAAAGACCCCUUCCAUGCCAACUGCUUACCGGUCCACAUAGGAACUCUGGUGGAGCUUGGGAAAGCAAACGAAUUGUUUUACCUCUCGCAUAAACUUGUAGACUUGUAUCCCAACAAUCCGGUCUCCUGGUUCGCUGUCGGGUGCUACUACCUCAUGGUCGGCCAUAAAAACGAACACGCUCGGCGGUACCUCAGCAAAGCCACCACGCUGGAGAGGACGUACGGCCCGGCGUGGAUCGCAUACGGCCAUUCGUUUGCGGUGGAGAGUGAGCACGACCAAGCCAUGGCUGCCUACUUCACCGCCGCCCAGCUGAUGAAAGGGUGCCACUUACCGAUGCUCUACAUCGGCCUGGAGUACGGUCUGACCAACAACUCCAAGCUGGCGGAGCGUUUCUUCAGCCAGGCCCUGAGCAUCGCUCCAGAGGACCCGUUUGUCAUCCACGAGGUGGCGGUGGUCGCCUUUCAAAAUGGAGACUGGAAGACGUCAGAGGGGUUGUUUCUCGACGCGAUGGAGAAGAUCAAAGCCAUCGGAAACGAGGUUACUGUGGACAAAUGGGAGCCUUUAUUAAACAACUUGGGUCACGUGUGUCGGAAAUUGAAAAAGUACGACCAGGCUCUGGAGUACCACCGCCAGGCCCUGGUGCUGAUUCCUCAGCACGCCUCCACCUACUCGUCCAUCGGAUACGUGCACAGCCUCAUGGGGGACUUUGAGAGCGCCAUCGACUACUUCCACACGGCACUGGGACUGAAACGGGACGACACUUUCUCCGUGACGAUGCUCGGCCACUGCAUUGAGAUGUACAUCGGGGAGACGGAUGCCUACAUAGGCACGGACAUCAAAGACAAGGCGAGCGGCGGCAGCUUGAACACUCCGGCGCUGAUCAAGAUGCUGAACACGUCGGAGCCCGGCGACCCGCCGGCCACCCCGAGGCCGGAAGACGCCGGCGUCGCGUCCUCGGACACGCCGCUGUCCAACCAGGACAAGAUGAUGCUGGAGACGCCCCUGCGCCUCUCCCUGACCCUCGAGUGCGACAUGUACGAGAGCGACGUGAUGCUGGACACCUUGUCGGACGCCAGCACGUGAACCCGCCGCCGCGUCCGCCCGCCAGGAGGCGGAGCUGCCGCGGCAAAAGCGGGGGGGUCGUCCCGGGCACACGUGUCCGAGCCCAAGGGGACCGCCGUCCGACCCGAAACUGGCCGCGCGUCCUCCCAACAACGGUCUCCCCGUGUGGUCGUUCCCGUACGUGACUAAAACGCAGGACAUGCCGUCGUGAACAUUAUGAGCGCGGGUGAAUGUCUAUACGGCGACCCGCCGCAUUCAUUUAGCAAGAAUGCACUUUAGCGGCGGGAACCGACACGUGCCUCGGUGCAGCGGCGGAGAAGCUGGACCUCGGGUUCAGCCCGGCGACGCAGGGAACACGCGGCCCUCUGAUUGGACGGAGCGAACGCAGUCGCACGCCUCGCAUCUAGAAGACGAACAGUCACGUGUUCCUGGCCUGGGGCGGGGAUCUCCGUGUCGCUCUCAACCUGUGGAUUUACAAAUUGAAUAAAGAGACGGCUCAUUACAAGCAGUUAUUUUUUUGGGGGGGUGAAAACAAUUCUUGGUGAUUCCUCCAAUACACCAUGCAUUUAUCUUAAAAAGAUGUGGGCAAGUCUGUGUUUUGUGUUCAUCGGAAGUCGGUGGAUGGUUUGUGAAGAAAUGUAACGGCAAAAUCUUUUUAUUUUCCAUCCACAAAAUUGCGUUCACUAGGAAACGGUCGAGUUGUGAUCUGUUAGUCGGUUCACGUGUCGCUGGAGUCAAUGUUUGAAUUACUCAUUUGAACAAGAGAUUGUACAUUGUGUUGUUUUAUUGGUGAUGCUUUUGAGAUGCCGAGGUAAUGAUCCUGAUAUUUCCAAGCGUACGCAUAUAAGUAUUUCUAAUAAAAAAUGCCUCUGUCUCUUC